AUUAUUCCACAAGGCUAUCAAGACCUAUUGCUAAAGCUAGCGAGCUUGUCUUGCAAGAAUGGCAGAGAAAGUGCAGCCAAAAUGUCCAGGUACAGCUAUACCUACAACAGCUUGCACUGCAAUUCAAAGCAAAAAGAGAAAGACACUAUUUGAACAGGCUACGAACAAAAAGAGGUUGGAUAAAUCAAGAAGUGAAACCAGAGUAAACAUUGGUAUGGCUUUUAAACGAUGGCGAGAACUGAGAGAGUUGAAGUGCCUGAAAAGUGACCCCAUGGUGGCUGUAUAUUUGUUGGACAGUUAUGAUAAAUGGUGUUCAGUGGUUUCCAACAUUCAAGAGGGAUCGGUCUCAGAUUGCUGUAGGUUGGAGAAGGCUGGAGAUCGUCACAGGACAGGUGGCUCAGAGAUCAACCCGACAACCAACAUGUCUUAUGAGGAGGGCUGCACCGGAAUAACCUUUGAUAUAUCAGAGAUUACCUUUGCUGCUGAUGAAGACAGCGAUUGUUCAAAUCAAGAAGCGGUUGGAGAGGAAGAAGAGGAUGAGGAAACAGAAGAAACGGAGGGAGCAGAGGACGAGUUUGAUGACUCGGACCAGGAAUGGGGAAAGUGUAACCUCUCCGAAUCCGAGUUCUCUGAUUCUGACCAAUUGGAAAAAGAUGGCUCUUAUGAGAACAAAUGUCUUUCUGAAGUCCGUAAAAAGGUCCGGGAACUUUGUCCAGAUUGCGGUGCGUUUUUCACUGUGGGCAAGCCUCACACAUGCGAGUACAAAAUCAAGCCAAUUCUCUGCAAUGUUUGUGGUAAGAGGCUCAAGGAUGAUGCAGCCCUGAAAAGUCAUAGCAGAAUCCACACCGAAGACUACCGGCACUUCUGCAAGUUCUGUAUGGAACCCUUUAAAACGAGAAUCGAUAAACUGACCCAUCAGAGGGCCCACGUCCUUAAUCAAAAGCCCUAUAAAUGCCCCGACUGUGCAAUGACGUUUUCCAAGCUCCGGGCGCGAAAUUUCCAUUUGAAAGAACACCGGGGUCCCAACAGUGUUUCAUGUCCACAUUGUGCUUUGGUCUUCCCGGCUCCCCAUUGCUUAAAGAGACACAUGCUGGUGCACACUGGAGAGAGGCAGUUUGUGUGCGAGUUCUGCAGUCGAUCAUUCAACCAACAUGGCCACCUUAAAUCCCACCUGCGACUGCACACUGGGGAGAAGCCCUACCAGUGCCAGCACUGUGACAAGAGCUUCAAUCACAACGUCAGCCUGAAAAGUCACAUUAUGCGGUACCAUAAUGCAACUUUCGACUCAGGGACCAUUGAACACGCAAAGGAGACGACGGAGAAGAUAGAACUAACCGCACCCAAGAUAGAUGAGAUGAAUGACGAGAUGAGCACAGAGGAUACGGGCGAGGUUGUUAUAGAUGAAGACCCCACACACGAGGAAGAACCAAAGAAGCAGAUCAAGAAGACUUAUCAUAGGUCGACUGGUAGACCAAAAGGAAGGCCCAAAAGAAAUGCAGCAACAGAGGAGUUCAGCUUGAUUUCCGCUGUGCAAGGAAAUGACCUGGACAUAAUCACAGCAGCUGAGCCAUCAGAGGAGUGCCCAUUAAAGCUGGCAUCUUCCAAAGAUACUGAAAGUGAUUGGAGUGACAGAGAUCAAACCUCUGAACAUACAGAGGAGGACGAGGCAGAGGAAAUCAAGGGGAGAAAGCGGAAAGCCAGACAGACAGACAGUGACUCAGAAUUUGACCCUUCAGAGGCAAAGCAGAGACGGAAAAGCUUGCAAAAGCCAGGAAAUGUUAGAGGCCGUAGAGGAAGGCCGAGGAAUAGUAGAUUGGUCUGAAAAUCGUUACUGUUCCAAUAAUUUGCCAGAACUGAUUGGGGGUAGCAACAACAAAGUUAAAGAUGAUACCUAGGAAGUAUAACGCUAGGAGGUAUAUUUGAUGCGUGUGUUUUGGUUUUAAAACCUAAGAAAUGAUUAUAUUGAAAAUGCUACAAAAUGAAUACUGUGGGGCUUGUGGUGACUUUUGGUGGUGCUAUCUUUCAUGUGAUGUCAGUACAAACUUGACUUUGUGUAAUUGUUACCCAUUCUUCACUCACUAGAAACCCUUGAAUAAACGUCCUUAUUUUGAGGUUCUACCAUCGUAGUUGAAACAAGCAAAAAGUACAAUUGUUACAAAGUAAAUACUAUGGUGAAUUGGUUCUGGUUUUGUCGCUACCCCCAGCUGGUCACCAACAAUAACUUUCAUAAUACAAAAAGCUGACUGUAGUUAUUUGGGAAUAGUGGUGAUGAAAAAUUCUUAAAAUGUAUUCUUUAGUUAUUUAUCUUUUUUUUAUUUUUUCAAAUCAAGCAUAUUUUCUGAGAAAUUAUAAAUGUUCCCGUCCAUUUUCUAGCCGCUUGUUGCCUAAUAUAAUUUUCUGUUCAUAUAAGCAAAUAAUGUUUUUGCUAUGCACAUUAUGCAAUUAUUAACAUCUUAAUCAGCUGAAAUAAAUAGUUUAUUCCCAGCUUGA